AUGCCGUCGCCCUCGUCGUCGAAGCGUAGCAGCGCGCUCCUGGCCAUCGACAAGCUCGACUACACCAGCCCCAGCCCGCGCCGCCCGCUGCUCGCCGGCUCCGACGCCUCGUCCUCGCACCACCCGAGCUCCGCCACCAGCCACGCCGGCAGCUUCUUCGAGCACGUCGCCGAGGGCGUCAUGGAGCGCGACCGCGACCGCCUGCAGCGCCUGGCCGUCCGCUGGCUGAGCUUCGCCUGGGCCGUUGUCAGCUGCCUGUGCGCCGGCAGCAUCACCGCCUACUCGCUGUACGCCCCGCUGUUCCAGAGCCGCCUGCACUACACCCAGCUGCAGGUCAACCUCGUCAGCAUCGUCGCCGAGCUGGGCAUGUACCUGCCCGUGCCGCUGUUCGGCUACCUGUGCGACCGCCUGGGCCCCGCCGCGCCGUCGGCGCUGUCGGCCGCCUUCUUCGCCGUCGGCUACCUGCUGGCCGCCUUUGCCUACCGCAGCGGCCCGCCGCCGUCGGCCGGCGGCCACGGCUGGCCGUUCCCCGUCAUGGUGCUGGCCUUCUGCGCCGUCGGCAUGGGCACGAGCUGCAUGUACCUGUCCGCCGUGACAACGUGCGCCAAGAACUUUGGCCGCGGCCGCGCCAAGGGCAUCGCGCUGGCCGUGCCCAUUGCCGCCUUUGGCCUCAGCGGCAUGUGGCAGAGCCAGCUCGGCGCCCGCCUGCUGUGCGAGACGGCCCCCGACGGCUCCCGGGGCGACGUGGACGUGUUCCGGUUCUUCGUGUUCCUCGGCCUGCUGCUGCUCGCCGUCGGCCUCGUCGGCACCCUGACCCUGCGCAUCGUCGACGAGGAGGGCCUCAUCGACGACGCCGUCGACGAGCUCGAGCGCUCCGGCCUGCUCGCCCACGACGACUUUUACACUGCCCACGACGCCCGCGACGCCCGCGACGCCCACACCGCCCACGACGACUUGCACACCGCCCACGGCGACUUGCACACCGCCCACGACGACUUCUUCGCCGCCGCCGCCCACAGCCACGGCUACGCCACGGUCCCGUCCCACGGCCUGUCCGACUCGACCGUCGACUUCCUGCAGUCCGAGGCCGCCGCCCUCAAAGCGCGCCACGAAGAGGAUGCCCGCAAGAAGACGUGGCUGCUCAACGAGGAGACGCGCCGCUACGUCCUGGACCCGACCAUGUGGUGGCUCGCCGCGGGCUUCUUCCUCGUCACCGGCCCGGGCGAGGCCUUUAUCAACAACCUCGGCACCAUCAUCAACACCCUCACCCCGCCGCACGUCGACGCCGCAACCACGCCCGCCACCCACGUCUCCAUUGUGGCCAUCACAUCCACCCUCGCACGCCUGCUCACCGGCACGCUGAGCGACAUGCUGGCCCCCACGGCGCCGCUGCGCAGCCACCUCCAGGGCCCCUCCAGCCUCGCAAACUCGCUCUCAUCGCUACCACCCCCACCCCCGCGCCGCUUCACCGUCUCCCGCAUCACCUUCCUGCUGUCCUUUGCCUUGCUGCUGUCGCUGGGGCAGCUGCUCCUCGCCUCAGGCGCGGUGCAAAACCACCCAUCGCGCUUCGCGCUCGUCUCGGCCCUGAUUGGCGCCGGCUACGGCGCCGUCUUCAGCCUGACCCCGAUCGUCGUCAGCGUCGUCUGGGGCGUGGAGAACUUUGGCACAAACUGGGGCAUCAUGGCCAUGACGCCCGCCGCCGGCGCGACGCUGUGGGGCGCCGUGUAUGCGUGUGUCUACCAGCGCGCUGCGGAUGCUAUCGCUGUUGGCGGCAGACAUGUCGAUGAUGUUUUGUGCCAUGGCACCAGCUGCUAUGCCCCGACCUUUUGGGCUAUGGCUGCGUGUGUUUGGCUGGCCAUGGGCAUGUGGCUGUAUGCCUGGAGGGGGCCUGGCGGGUGGCGGAGGAGGGGUGUUGCUGUCUAG